AUGGAAACGCGGCCAGAGAAAGAUCUUGAGGAGAUGGCCAAGGGAUGGUCCAAAGCUAUGGAGUUCUCCAAGGCCCGAUUACAGCGCGUGCACGAUCUUGCAGAAGAUCAACUUGACGACGCGAUCAAUGCCGGUCAUCUAGUUCUUGAGAAUGUGUGCUUGUUUUUUCAUGCAUGCGUCAAGCGUGGACAAUUCCGACCUCCCCUCAACUUCUGGCAAGUUCUUCAUUCUGAGUACGGCAUUGUCGUAUAUCCUUCUGCAUUCCAAGAAGACAUAAACAUUCCGGGAUUAGGCAUCGAUGCCACAUUUACAGAGGCGUAUCAAGGCCAUAUCACGGGUGGGUUUGGCGAUAGUGGUGCGCCUGGAGUAAAGGCUUCAACGUUGUUGGGUGGUGGUUUGAGCGGACGCCAGUUCGGCAUGGAGUAA